AUGAAUUCGAUAAAGAUAUUAGUUAACUCCUUGAACAAUGUCUAUCCUACCAAAUCCGAUUAUUUGGAAUCUCUGUUGGAUUUUAGGCCCAGUGAGCUUGAAGAAAAAGGAGAGGAAAAGCAAGAAUCAGAUGAGAAUCUAGGGCUUCCUGCUUCCAACGCAAAAAGUCAUGAGCACAGUACACCUCUGGAACCUCUGAAACAAACAUACUUUAAAAGCAAGGUAGUUAAUGAGAUUGGAGAGCUUGCCUUGAUACUCUGUCAUGCAAUUUUCUUCAUUCCAAACAAUUUAUUAGUGAAACCUUUACUUUUCCUAUGGUUGAUGAUAGCGUACCCCUUCACAUACUUCUUCGAGAAACACACUUCAAAUGACGAUUCCUUGAUCGAUAGCUCUAAUUCUAUGGAUACUCCUUCAACAACAUCGCAUGACAUCAAUGAGAAAAUAGAGCUCUUAAAACGUGAAAAUAUCAUCUCGAAUACGAUUAAGUCACCGACAUCAUCUUCAAAAUAUAUUAUCCCUCCACCGCAAAGGCUAUAUCCACUUUCGAGGAACCCUGGAAAGAAGAGGAAGAAAAUACUUAUAUUGGACUUGGAUGAGACCUUGAUUCAUUCCCUCUCAAGGGGCUCCCCAAGAUCCUAUGCCAGUUCUUCCACCCUGCAUAUGAUUGAGAUCAAGUUGAACAAAAUCUCCAGUUUAUAUUAUGUUCAUAAAAGACCUUAUUGUGACCACUUUUUGAAUGAAGUUUCUAAGCAUUUUGAAUUACAAAUCUUCACUGCCAGUGUCAGGGAAUAUGCAGAUCCAAUUAUAGAUUGGUUAGAGGAGAGUAUACUUGAUAGAAGUAAUUCAAGUGGACAAAAGGUAUUCACAAAAAGAUAUUAUAGAAAUGACUGCACAUAUAGAGAGGGAGUUGGUUAUAUUAAAGAUCUUUCCAAAUUUUUUCAAAGAGAAGAUGAUUUAAAGAACGUAAUUAUUCUAGAUAAUUCACCAAUUAGUUAUGCAUUACAUGAAGAUAAUGCAGUAAUGAUAGAGGGCUGGAUUAACGAUCAAAGGGACAACGAUUUAUUAAGUCUCUUACCUAUGUUACAUAGCAUUAGCUUAUGUAUCGAUGUCCGAUUUAUCUUAGGAUUGAGAAGUGGAGAGAAGAUUUUUGAACGAUAA